AUGCCAGCCUACAAAGACAUGUUGGUGUUUGCAGCACUUUGUACCAUUUUCGAGCUGACCCAAUGUCAAAAAUUACCAAGUUUUGAUCUGCUGGAGGAGUUUCAUGUGCCCGAAUCGAAAGGAGUGAGGAGAGUGGACGGUUCUCAACCCGAGGCGGUGGCCUACAGAGUCAACCCCUCAAUCCAUCUACGCAAGACCAUGAGUGACGUGUAUCCAGAUGGACUCCCCUCUGAUUACUCUGUCAUCGCAACAUUUAAAAUAACCAAGGACGCUGCUAAGAAAUCCUGGGACCUGUGGCAGGUCAGUGACCCUGAGGGACGAGAGCAAGUGGGUCUGCGUUUCCAAGGCGACACACGCUCUUUGGACUUCUUCUACAGCAGCCCUCGCGGUAGCCAGAUGCUGAGGACCUUUCAUGGCGUGAAGAAGUUGUUCGAUGGAGAGUGGCACAAGUUGGCGCUGAGCGUGAAGGGCAGCCAGGUGAAGCUGCUGAUAGACUGUGAGGAGGUCAGCGUUGAGUCCAUCGACGAGGCGAGGCCGGUCAUCCAGCGAGGAUUCACUUCCAUCGUGAAGCGGGCUGCAGGGGACCGCUCUUUGUCUGUUGACCUCCAGCAGAUGGAGGUGUCAUGUGACCCAGAGCAGGCUUAUUCAGAGGGCUGCUGUGAGCUUUCAAAUGUGUGUGGGGGGUAUGCAGAAAUUGGCCUAACAGCUGGAAGAGCAUCUUGCAAAUGUAUGAACGGACAGCCUGGCAUUCAGGGACCACCGGGGCCAAAGGGUCACAGAGGUCUCCCGGGAGAACCUGGAGACGCAGGAAGACAGGGAAACUGGGGGAUCAGGGGAAACACAGGAGACUACGGCAACCUGGGGGAGACAGGCCUGAAGGGUGAACAGGGAAUCAAAGGCGAAAAAGGAAUGAGAGGACUCUGGGGCCAAGUGGGAGAAAGAGGUCCGAAGGGGCUGAAAGGAUUAAACGGGGCUGCAGGCUUCAAGGGAGUUCGGGGGCCACCUGGAUACAUCGGAGAGACUGGGGAACCAGGAGAAGUUGGCCCUAAAGGCGAGAGGGGAUAUGAAGGGAUUCCUGGGUUUCAAGGAGUCAAGGGUGAAAAAGGGACCACUGGGGCAGAAGGGAGUACUGGAUCCAGAGGAAAGCAGGGUAUUGUUGGGGAUCCUGGAGAGAGGGGCACUGCUGGAGAGAAAGGGAAGCCUGGGAUCCAAGGACCUGUGGGUGGAGCUGGCACCAUCGGUCCAAAGGGCAUUGUUGGAGAUCCAGGCAUAUAUGGGAGAGAUGGCGAUGCAGGAUUAGAGGCUUAUCAAGGACCACAAGGUCUCAGUGGAAAACUCGGGAAAAGUGGAGCAAAGGGGGAGAAAGGCACCCUUGGGCCAGCAGGAGAAAUGGGUCCACAAGGCCGAACUGGCCCAAGAGGUUACAAGGGUUCUGCAGGGAAGCCAGGACGACCCGGAUUUAUCGGCCCACCGGGACCUACUGGACAUGUGGGUGUGCCUGGAAAACAAGGACCCAAGGGUAACACUGGAAUCCAGGGAAUUCAAGGAGUCAAAGCUGAGCAGGGAGAAAAAGGAGGCAAAGGGCCACAAGGGAAGGUUGGAGACAGGGGCGAGCAGGGUCCUCUGGGAGGACGGGGGAAGCGCGGGCCGGCGGGCCCACCUGGACGUUCAGGUACUGUCGGUGUCAAAGGAGUUCGAGGUGAAGGAGGACCAGAUGGCUUCCAGGGGCCUCCGGGUCCACCAGGCCCGACUCUCCCCGCUCAACACGUGAUCGAGGUUUGUAAGAAAGUGGUCAUGGAGCAGAUGUCCACCUUUGCCAACUCAGUGAAGAGGACGUGCGCUGCAGUGUGUCCUCUGUAUGGGGACGUGCCCAUGGGUGCCCCUGGUCCCUCCGGACAGAAAGGACCCCCCGGACCUCCGGGCGACCCCGGUAACGAUGGUGUUGUUGGAGAAGUGGGACUUCAGGGCUUCUAUGGAGAAGCUGGAGACCCAGGCCGACAAGGAGACACAGGUGAUAGAGGAGAGCAGGGUGACAAGGGGGCCAAGGGUCAUGGCCUAACUGGCUACACUGGAGAUCAUGGACCAAAGGGUCAGCGUGGACGUCUGGGCAGAGCCUUUAACGGGCAGCCAGGAAAACAGGGUGAGAGGGGACACGUAGGCCGACCGGGCCUCAGGGGCCACCCAGGUCUCCGAGGACCUCCAGGUGUUUGUGUCACCUCUGGGUGUGCUCAGCUGGAAUCCAUCAGCCAGACGACUCAGCCAGCACCGCGGAGGUUGAGGAAUCGCCAGUAGAGGAAUGCAAAAGAGUCUAUGUGGACAGUUUAUCAAAUAGUGAGGAGGAAAACAUGGCAGAUGUUUUUUUUGUUAAUAUGUUUUUGUUGAAAUAAAUUGACAUUUUCAUGUAAAUAUGCAUCCAAACUGAACUCCUGGGAACAUUCUCACCUCAAGAGAACAACACCAGUAUGACUGAAAAAGAUAGUGGUAACAAAUAUUUGUACAAAAAGGCCGCUAUAUUUAAACUGAGUCGACGCUGUCUUUUAAACAUCUGUUCUUUAUAAUAAAAAUCCAAAAAUA